AUGACUCGUUUCUUCUGCUGUGGAAGCUACUUCCCAGGCUAUCCUUGCUAUGGAACCAACUUCCACAGGAACUUCAGAGCCACCCCACUGAACUGCGUUGUGCCCUUGGGCUCUCCGAACUGUGGUUAUGGAUGCAAUGGCUACAGCUCCCUGGGCUACAGCUUUGGUGGUAGCAACAUUAGCAGCCUGGGCUCUGGCUACAGUGGAAGCUUUCGCUGGCAGUGGGGCUCUGACUCUGGCUUUGGCUAUAGCACCUACUGAUAGACCAUGGCUUCAGAUGACUACAGGACUCUCGAUCAAUUCUCUGUGCACAGAACACCCUGAAAAACAAUGACUGUCUUCCUGCUUCUAGAUAUGCUUGAGAGAUACA